AUGGAUAAUAUUCUUUCUCAAUUAAGAAAAUCAACACAAAAAGUACAAAAUUCCAAUUCAGAACGAAAAAAGGAAACUAAUAAUAAAGAAGAUGAUAGUACCAUUUUGGAACUUCCUUCUACAUCUGAAGGAGAUUCUUCUGCCGUAACUCCAUUUACAAUUAUGAAAUUAGAUUUUAAAAGGUUAAAAUGCCUUAGUGGAGAAAUAACUGUAUCAGAAAUUUUAGAAUUUAAGGAGUACAAAAUACAUCAAAUGGUUGUUGCACUUGUAAAAAAAAUAGAGAAAUAUUCUAGUGAAAUUUGCUAUAUCGAAUUAAUAGACGAAACUGGAUGUAUAGGCUGCUCCUGCAUGUACAAGCUUGUAAUUGAACAUGACAUUAAAAUCGGCAGUAUAUUAAAAGUUAAAGGAGUAAGUUUGUGGAAAAUAGAGGUUAAUCAUAUUAAUUUAGUUGAAGAAAAUAUUGUACAAAUUGUUAAUGAUUAA